UGUCAGAAAUGGAGCCACUGAACAACGACUAUUAAGAAAAGGAGUGACCUCAUCUCACCCACCCGGCAGAGUCGUCUGAAUUCAUGUUAUCAAACAUGCUCAGAGUCAUUGUAGACCACCAGAUGGAUGUAGAGAAAUGAAGAGACAAAGAGGAGCUGAAGUGAGGAGAACAUGACAUGGCUUUUCUGAGAGGGCUGGCACUGAAAGCAAACCAGGAGAGAAGAAUGCUUGUGUUAUUUCUGCUCUGUGCCUCUGCAGGUAUUCCAGCUGCAGCAGGUCUGGAUGGUUGUGACAAUUGUCACGUCCACGCCAUAUGUGUAAAUAAGUCAGAUAACUCUGGUGAAGUUUGUAUCUGCAAGUACGGUUUUGUGGGAAAUGGAAGAACCUCUUGUCAAGAUAAGAAUGAGUGUCAGAUAGGAGAUAUGAAGAUAUGUGGACAACACACCAGAUGCUAUAACACGUACGGCAGCUACCAUUGCACCUGUCUGCCUGGCUACAGCCCUUCAAACAACAAGGCCAGCUUCAUCCCAAAUGAUGGAACUAACUGUCAGGACAUUGACGAGUGCAGCCUGACAGGAGUGUGUGGAGAAGGAGGUCAGUGCAGGAACCUGGAUGGAACCUUUGAGUGCCGCUGUGAGCUGGGAUAUAGAGUUCACAAUGGAAGAGAACCUUUUAAUCCCAAACAAGACCAGGCCUCCUGCAGAGUGGUGGAUUGUGGUCGGCCUGUCACAGCGGACAACACUGAGCUGCUGUCAAUCACAGGAACCACAUAUGGCAGUGUGGCCGCAUUCGCCUGUGACAAAGGUUUUAUAUGGGCAGGAGGAGACAACAGGUCUGUGUGUGGAGCUGAAGGACAGUGGAGAGGAUCUCCUAUGGUCUGUGAAGAGGUUGACUGUGGUUCCCCACCUGCGUUCCCUCACACUCGCAUACUGUGGAAUAAAAAGUCAACAGUGGGAACCCAGGUGAUUUAUCAGUGCAUCUCUGGUUAUCACAACGUUGGGAAAGGAAAUGUCUCCAUUUGUGACGCUGCUGGACAGUGGGAGGAGCCGCAUGUGCUCUGCCAAGAAGUAUUAUGUGGGGACCCUCCCACACUGCCACAGACUGGGUAUGUCUGGAAUGGCAGCUCCACUCAUGGAAGCACAGUGAGCUACUUCUGUAAAAUCGGAUUUUAUUACAGUGAAGGAGAAAAUGUGUCUCUGUGCACAGUGAAUGGUUCCUGGACUAAACCAAACAUCCUCUGCAAAGAGGUUCGCUGUGGUGCACCCCCAACCAUCCCUCACUCAGUCACACUGUGGAAUGAAAUUCCCACUGUGGGCUCUCAGGUCAUAUAUGAGUGUAAAACCGGAUAUCACAGUGUUGGAAGAAGGAACAUUUCUUUGUGUACUGCCACUGGAGAGUGGGAUGAGGCAACACUGCUUUGCCAAGAAAUUAGGUGUCGAGACCCUAUAAUCAAACCUCACUCCAAGAUACUGUGGGAUGGGGCAUCACGCAUUGGCAGUGUGGUGUUUUACCAGUGUGAGGAGGGAUAUCGCAGUCGGAGUCUGAAAAACUACUCAGUAUGCAGAGACAAUGGACAAUGGGAGGAUAUUGAUCUGUGGUGUGAAGAAAUAAGCUGUGGACCCCCUCUCAUCCUUCCCCAUACUAACCUGGUGUGGGACCACACAAGCCGACCAGGCAGCCUGGUUCUGUAUGAAUGUGUGGGUGGAUUUUACCAGGAGAGUGGAAAUAAUGUUUCAGUGUGUGCUUUAUCAGGAGAGUGGGUGGAGGUUUCUAUGAAGUGCAGAGCUAAAUGUGGUCCAGUUCCCUCUCUGACUAAUGCACAGGUGGUGUGGUACAACAGCAGUGUAGUAGCCCACCGGUGUGUGGAUGGAUAUCACAGCUGGAGAGGAACCAACGUCUCUGUGUGUGUGUGGCAGGAAGCGACCAUGAGGUGCACCAAAGUAAAGCCACCCAUCACUCAUCUGCAUGUUUUCAAUGAGAAGUGUGUGCAGUGGAGAGCAGAAAAAUAUGAGGAAGACACAGAAUCUUACAGGAUUAUAUACAAAGGUACCAGAGAUUUCCAAUGGUCUUUUUAUGAUAUGAGACAACAGUAUCUGAAAUCCAAGGCUGAGCAGCUCAAAAUCUGUCUUAACCUGCUUCCAUUAACAAACUACAACAUCUCCAUCACUGCACUGUCAGCCAGGUUCACCGUCACCAUCACCAUUAACACCACUUUACCAGCUCCCCCUGUACCAGUCGUUUACUACAGAGAGUAUGACACUCCAGAACCAACAUUAAGGCUUCGCAGAUUAGCGAGCACACUGGACUUAAUAAGUUCAUACCAAGUCUUUGUGCUUCCUAUAGAAGACAUUCUGGUGUUUGACUGUUCCUCCCAUGGAGGUCUAGAUUCCACAGUCAAAAAUAAACUGUCUUCAGAAUACAUCGCUGCCAAGAUCUCCCUCAAAAGUGUUGGAACAGAAGUUAAUUUUACAGUUGGGGAUGGACAUUACUAUGGAGGCUUCUAUAAUUCACCUCUAGAGAAAGGCAGAAAUUAUUACAUCAUCUUACGAGCUGUCAGUCACUGGAGGACGGCUUUAAGAAGUUCUUGUGCCCUGUGGGCCAAAAUAAGAGGUACGUCCUAUGUCCUGAGGGUUUCAUCACUGUGUGCUGCUGCUUCAGUUGGACUGUGUGCCUUGGCCAUAAUAGGAGGAUACAGUUUUAUCUGGUUCUUCAAGAAGACAUGACAAUCCUCACUGCUGACAGUCUGUAAAAUGAAUUGUUUGUUUUUUGAUCAAUUGUGUUUUUUUACAUUUUAUAGCGCUAUUAAUAAAUCCACAACAAAUCAUAAAA